GCCGCGCGUCCGGGGAGGCUGGCGGCGCGGGCGGGCGGGGACGGCAGGCUGGGGGCGGCGACGGCGAGGGGCCGCGCGCGGAGGGCGCCGGGCGCAGCAUGGGCGGCCCGCGGGCCUGGGCGCUGCUCUGCCUCGGGCUCCUGCUCCCGGGAGGCAGCGCCGCGUGGAACGUCGGGGGAGCCCAGUUCUCCGGACGCAGGAACUGGUGCUCCUAUGUGGUGACCCGUACCAUCUCAUGCCACGUGCAAAAUGGCACCUACCUUCAGCGAGUGCUGCAGAAUUGCCCCUGGCCCAUGAGCUGCCCAGGGAACAGCUACAGAACCGUGGUGAGACCCACAUACAAGGUGAUGUACAAGACAGUGACCACGCGUGAGUGGAGGUGCUGCCCCGGGCACUCAGGGGUGAACUGCGAGGAAGUUUCAGGUUCCGCUGGCUUCUUGGAGCCUGGCUGGUCAGGCAACACCAUGCGACGGAUGGCACUUAGGCCCACAGCCUUCGCAGGUUGCCUCAACUGCAGCAAAGUAUCAGAGCUGACUGAGCGGCUGAAGGUGCUGGAAGCCAAGGUGGCGGUGCUAACUGUCACUGAGCGGGCAGUGCUCCCGACCCCAGUGGCACCCGGGGACCCUGUCCCACUCUGGGGCUCCCCAGCUGCCCGGGGUAGCCCGGGAGAUGGAAGCCUCCAAGGGCUACCAGGAGCCAGAGAGAACGUGAGGGCCCCGCUGCUCCCUCGAGAGGAUCGAGUUGGUGGCCAGGGGCUUCCUGGGCCCACUGGCCCCAAGGGAGACACUGGCAGCCGGGGCCCAACGGGGAUGAGAGGCCCACCAGGUCCUCAGGGCCCCCCAGGAAGCCCUGGCCAGGCUGGAGCUGUGGGCACUCCUGGAGAGAGGGGACCUCCAGGUCCACCAGGGCCUCCUGGCCCCCCUGGGCCCCCUGGCCCCCCAGCCCCUGUUGGACCACCCCAUGCCUGGAACCCCCAAUAUGGGGACCCAUUACUGUCCAACACCUUCACUGAGACCAGCAGCCACUGGCCCCAGGGACCAGUCGGACUCCCAGGCCCCCCAGGGCCAAUGGGUCCCCCUGGACUUCCUGGUCCCAUGGGCAUUCCUGGGAGUCCUGGACACAUGGGACCCCCAGGCCCCACUGGACCCAAAGGAAUCUCCGGCCACCCAGGAGAGAAGGGAGAGAGAGGACUGCGUGGAGAACCUGGCCCCCAAGGCUCCAUGGGGCAGCAGGGAGAACCUGGCCCCAAAGGAGACCCUGGUGAGAAGAGCCACUGGGCUCCUAGCUUACAGAGCUUCCUGCAGCAGCAGGCUCAGCUGGAGCUCCUGGCCAGACGAGUCACCCUGCUGGAAGCCAUCAUCUGGCCAGAACCAGAGGGGUCGGGGGCAGGCCCUGCCGGCACAGGCACCCCCAGCCUCCUGCGGGGCAAGAGGGGAGGACACGCGGCCAACUACCGGAUCGUGGCCCCCAGGAGCCGCAACGAGAGAGGCUGAGAGCAGGGGCGGCCCUAGGGGCAGACCUGGCCUGGCUUCCCUUCCUAGCCUGGACUUGGCCAAUUGCCUCCAGGGACCGCCCAUGCAUAUUUAUUAAUGUCCUCAGGGUCCCUUCUGCCACCUAGGCCUUUGGGAUAGGCAAGUCUUGGUCCUGACACCCCGUGCAAGUCUGCCUACUAUGAAGCUGAGAAGGGACUGUGGCCUGAGAGGGAGGGGCAGCCCAGGCAAGAGGUGAGACCUUGCUCAGGGCCUUGGGCCUCCAUUGCCCUCUGUGAAAUAGGAUGGUGCAAGCCUGCAGGGAAGGGGUGGCAGGUUGGAGGCUUCGGUAUUCUCACGGGCUGCCCGGGCAUCCAUGCCUGUGGGCACUGAUGGGUGGCUGGAGCUAGGGUUCUUCUGGGCCCUUAGCACACACGGACUGGUGGGGAAAGGCAGGCUUGCCUCUCCCUCCUCCCCAGCCAAACCUCGGGGAGCCCACCGCAGCCCUCCUCUCCUUGAUUUCUGGUGCUGGGUCCCCACCCUGAGCUCAACAGGCAGGACAUUGCAUAGGUCCUGCCUCCUAAGCCCCCAGCCCCUCCCAUGUCCCAGGUGGGGGCGGAGGCAUGGAGAGGGAGGGGCACCCUGGAGGAAGAGGUCUCCAGCCAAUAAAGGCACCCAACCUGA